GCAAUUUUUAGAUGAAUUAUUAUGUAAAGAAUAAAAUGAUAUCCGGAUGUGAAGAAACCAAGAGUUUAAUGCCAGCCGAAAGCAUGGAAAUAAUACGAAAACACACUUUUUCUUGUCCAAAAGAAUAUUCCAGUUUAUUAGACUGGAGUAAUGAAUCAUUCUGGAAAGAUUUACCGAAUCCAAAGCACAAUUCAUCAACGAAUAAACCAACUAAACCGAUUAAUAAUAAACCUUCAAACAAAAUUAGCAUUGAAACAGUAUUUGGGGACUUAUUAAAAACGAAUCCAAGUCAGAAUAACCAGAAAAUUAUUGAGCAAGAACGUUUUUUUAUCAAAAAAACUCAAUUUUUAUCCGAGAAAUAUUUUAACAUAUGGAAAACUGCAGUGGAACUAAAAAAGGAACAAAAAAGGCAAGAAGAAGCUAAGUUAAAACAAACUACAAAGCUUGAUACCUUUAUGAAGCAACUAAAAAAACGAAAGAAAAGUGAGAAAAGAGAAGUAAAUAUCCAGGAAGAAAAGGUAAAGAUACGUGUUGUUAAAGACGUAUCUAAUAGUAUUGUUAAACCGUGUUCGAGUUUUAAAAAUAGGUUUGAUGCACAAAAAUCGAUCAUAGAGAUACAAAAAUCGAAACUGGAGGAACAAAGUAGGAUAAUCCAGGAGUUAAAACUGGGAAUAAUCAACGAUGAUCUUUUGAAAUCGAUAGAAAACACAAAAACCAAUAUUAGGGAAAUAUUUGGAAGUUGUUCCGGAAAAAUCAAAUACAAAAUUCCUCUAAUUUUAGGCGAAGAGCCUAAAUUUUCCAUUACUUCACACGAAGCGCCAAAAAUAGUGCAAAAAAUGGAGCAGAGAGCUCUAGAAAGGGCGCAAAAUAGAGAAAUAAUUUUAGAACGGAAAAGACUGAUCGAAGAGAAACGCCAGAGAAUGCUGCAAGAAGCAAUUGAAAGAAAGCGCGUCCUGGAAGAGGAGGAGAAGAAACGGAGUUUGGAACUCAUUAAAGAAAGAAGACGAAAAGAAAUGGAGAUGGAAAGGAUCCGAUACAUAAAUAAACAGAAAUAUAUGGAGAAGUUAAAUACGGCCGUUGAAUUUUAUAACAGAUUAUUGUUAAAGAAGAGCUUAGUUCAGUUGUAUAGUUACAUGAAAGAUGGACGUGAUAAAUAUUUUCUGGCUGCGGACUAUUAUGAAAAGAAAAUUUUGAAAGAAUCUAUGGUAUCCUGGCAACAAGUUGUGGAAAGUGCUUACAAAGUUAAAUACGAAAUUGCAGAUGCUCAUUUUGAAUACAAGUUAUUAAAGAAAAGCAUACGAUGUUGGCAAGAGAUUCAUAUAGAAAGCAUUAGAAAUAUGCAAGUAGCAGAAGAUUUGUACGAUUUUAGACUAACAAGUAAUGUUUUCAUUCAUUGGAAUCGAUACGUUUGCAUAGAAUUUAUGAAACAACACAAAAUGAUGAAGAAAGCCGAAAGCCACUAUAAGAGGUGGCUCCUCUUCCAUUAUUUUCAUCUCUGGAGAUCACUCAAAGCUGUCAACGAAUUGUUAAAGGCGAAAGAACUGAAAAAGGCUAAGUGGCGGCAAAAAGUUUGGGAAAUUUUACCUGACUACAAACCUCUUAUUGACAUUUAGCUCCAGAUGGAUAUUUCCGUUUAUUAGUAACUAAUAAUCAGACUAAUUAGUUAACUGUUAAGACAUCCAUUUAUUUAGUUUUUAUUAUAUACAGUUUUUUACAUUUAUACUGUACUUUUACAAGAUUAA